CGAACACAAAGGACGACUUUGCCCGUGUUUGUCAUAUCGAUCCCGAAUAACUCCAUUGAAUGAGGACUGACCCUCCUGUGCAGCUGCAGGUUGAUCAUGGUGCUCACAGGGAAGCGGUCGGAGAAAGGUCCUGCUUGCUGGAAGAGGAGGGUGAAGUCUGAGUACAUGAGGCUCCGGCAGCUCAAACGCUUCAGACGGGCCGACGAGGUCAAGAGCAUGUUCAACACCAAUCGGCAGAAAAUCAUGGAGCGGACUGACAUUCUGAACCAGGAGUGGAAGACCAGGCGAAUCCAGCCUGUUCACAUCAUGACGUCUGUCAGCUCCUUAAGAGGCACCCGAGAGUGUACGGUGGACAGCGGUUUCUCUGAGUUCCCCAGGCAGGUCAUCCCCCUGAAGACACUCAACGCCGUGGCCUCGGUCCCGGUCAUGUACUCGUGGUCACCGCUGCAGCAGAACUUCAUGGUGGAGGACGAGACGGUGCUCCAUAACAUCCCCUACAUGGGAGACGAGAUCCUGGACCAGGAUGGCACGUUCAUAGAGGAGCUCAUUAAGAACUACGACGGCAAAGUCCACGGAGACAGAGAGUGCGGCUUCAUCAACGACGAGAUCUUCGUGGAGUUGGUCAACGCUCUGUCACAGUACAGCGACAACGAGGACGACGACGAGGAGGAAGAGCAGGACUUCAAGGUCGACAAGAUGGAGCUGUGUGACGGCAAGGAGCACCCGGAGGACCCCCACAAGGACGGCAGCAAGAAGUUUCCCUCCGACAAGAUUUUCGAAGCCAUCUCCUCCAUGUUCCCCGACAAGGGCUCCACCGAGGAGCUCAAAGAGAAGUACAAGGAGCUGACGGAGCAGCAGCUUCCCGGCGCGCUGCCACCCGAGUGUACACCGAACAUCGACGGUCCCAACGCUCGCUCCGUGCAGCGCGAACAGAGCCUGCACUCCUUCCACACUCUGUUCUGCAGACGCUGCUUCAAAUACGACUGCUUCCUCCACCCUUUCCACGCAACUCCAAACACCUACAAGCGCAAGAACUUGGAGAACCUGGUGGAGAGUAAACCCUGCGGCAUCGACUGCCACAUGUACCUGGAUGGGAUGGUGAGGGAAUAUCCUGCGGGUGUGGUCGCCGAGCGGGCCAAGACGCCUUCCAAACGCACGGUGGGCCGUCGCCGUGGACGACUGCCGAACAGCAACAGCCGGCCCAGCACCCCCACCGUUUCCUCGGAAACCAAAGACACAGACAGCGACCGCGAGGGCAGCAAAGAAGACGAGAGGGACAACGACAAAGACGACGAAGACAAGAAGGACGAGAACACCAGCAGCUCGGAGGGUAACUCACGGUGUCAGACUCCAGUGAAGAUGAAGCUGACCGGUGAGGCUGAAGCGGUGGAGUGGAGUGGAGCCGAAGCCUCUCUGUUCAGGGUUCUCAUCGGGACGUACUACGACAACUACUGCGCCAUCGCUCGGCUCAUCGGCACCAAGACCUGCAGACAGGUUUACGAGUUCAGGGUGAAGGAGUCGAGCAUCAUCGCUCGGGCUCCCGCUGAAGACGAGGACACGCCGCCUAGAAAGAAGAAGAGGAAACACAGACUGUGGGCCACUCACUGCAGGAAGAUCCAGCUGAAGAAAGAUGGUUCGUCCAAUCACGUGUAUAACUACCAGCCAUGUGACCACCCACGGCAGCCAUGUGACUCCUCCUGCCCCUGCAUCACCGCUCAAAACUUCUGUGAAAAGUUCUGCCAGUGCAGCUCAGAGUGUCAGAACCGUUUCCCGGGUUGUCGGUGCAAAGCCCAGUGUAACACCAAGCAGUGUCCCUGCUACCUGGCAGUGAGGGAGUGUGACCCCGACCUGUGCCUGACCUGCGGCGCUGCAGAACACUGGGACAGCAAGAACGUGUCCUGCAAGAACUGCUCCAUCCAGAGAGGAGCCAAGAAGCACCUGCUGCUGGCUCCGUCAGACGUGGCAGGAUGGGGGAUCUUCAUCAAAGAGCCGGUCCAGAAGAACGAGUUCAUCUCUGAGUACUGUGGAGAGAUUAUCUCUCAGGAUGAAGCAGACCGCAGAGGCAAGGUCUACGACAAAUACAUGUGCAGCUUCCUCUUCAACCUCAACAAUGACUUUGUUGUUGAUGCCACGAGGAAAGGCAACAAGAUCCGCUUUGCCAACCACUCUGUCAAUCCUAACUGCUAUGCAAAAGUGAUGAUGGUGAACGGGGAUCACAGGAUAGGGAUCUUUGCCAAGAGAGCCAUCCAGACUGGAGAGGAGCUCUUCUUCGACUACAGGUACAGCCAGGCUGACGCUCUGAAGUACGUCGGGAUCGAGCGGGAGAUGGAGAUCGCCUGAUUCUGACUUCUACCUCCUGUGGAUCAGCGACACAAAGGCCUUACACACAAUCACAAACAAACACACCUUCACUUCAGGAAAU